AUGGCGGCGAGUGAGGAAAACCAAGACGGGCUGGAGCUCAGCAAGGAAUGGCAGGAGGCAGCAGACAGCAGAGCAGCGCUGCUCUGUUACCUGAAGGAGCAGGUGCCUCAGAUCUUCUGCCUAAAGGAGUCCAGCCCUCAGGAAGAGGAGGAGCUGAUGCAGAGUCGUCUCCUUCACCCUCUGGAGUGUUUCCUGUUUGGAGAGGAUCCUCAGGAGGGUUUGGAGAAGCUCAAGCAGGGCAGCACCUCGUCCCAGCUCUGUGGACGUGUCUUUAAAGAGGGCGAAACUGUCUACUCCUGCAGGGAUUGUGCAAUAGAUCCCACUUGUGUCCUGUGCAUGGACUGCUUCCAGGAGAGCGUUCACAAAAGCCAUCGCUACAAGAUGCAUGCAUCAUCAGGCGGGGGGUUCUGCGAUUGUGGAGAUGUAGAAGCCUGGAAGAUUGGCCCGUGUUGCUCCAAACAUGACCCAGGAGCAGCCAAUGCCAUGGUAACGGAUGAGUGCGUGCUGGACCCAGAGUUAUAUGAACGUGCUGAAAAGCUCUUCCGGGUAUUGCUGAACUAUGUCACAAGUUUUUUGGUGUGGGAGGAGAACUUUGAGCUGUCUGCUGAACUUCAGCCACGGACUAAAGAUGCUACAUAUUACUGUGUACUCUACAAUGAUGAGCAUCACUCGUACGACCAUGUGAUCUACACCCUGCAGCGUUCGGUCAACUGUGAUCAAGCUGAGGCACAGACACACACAACGCUCAUUGAUAAGGAGGGUCGUCGGGCAGUAAAGAGGGGAAGCUUUCGUACCUGCCAGCAAGCGCAAGAUCGUAUCAGGGCAAAUUCUGUGCAAAUUUCCCAGCAGCCACUGCGUGUGGAGAUCCUUCACGCAGCAGUAAUGGCUCAUCAAACUUUUGCGCUUUACCUCGGCUACUGGUUCCAGAAAAUAAUUGGUUAUUCAGUGGGUUUCAGACAAGCCUUCUGCCAGGUGGCGCUCGAGCCAGACAUGGACACAGAUCAACCUUGCCUCAUUAGCAAACUCAUGCUGCACGAUGCCAGGAUGUACAAAGGAGCUCGCAAGAUAGUACAUGAGCUGAUUUUCUGCAGCAUGCUAAUGGAGACUGAAUUCAAGAGGCUUUUUGCAAUUGAGUUUACAAAGCACUAUAAGCAGCUGCAGAAGGACUUCAUCAAUGAUGACCAUGAAAGGAAUAUUUCCAUCACAGCUCUGUCUGUUCAGAUCUUUACUGUUCCCACACUAGCCAGACAGCUGAUUGAAGAGUGCAAUGUGAUUAAAGUGAUAGUUGAUACCGUGAUGGAAUUGCUGCGUGAACAUCUGGAUGAUAAUAAUCGCUUUGUCUUCCUGGGCUACAAUUCAGACAAGUUCUCACGCAUCCAAGUCAUCUUCCACGACCUCAGGUAUAUUCUGAUCAGUAAACCAUCAAUAUGGACCGAAGAGCUUCGGAGACAGUUCCUGGAGGGGUUCAGAGUCUUUCUUGGUCUUCUUAAAUGCAUGCAGGGUAUGGAGGAGGUGAAGCGGCAACUUGGCCAACACAUUGCGGUGGAGCCAGAGUGGGAAGCUGGGUUUACGCUCCAGAUCCAGCUGCGCCACAUUCUUGCCAUGUUUCAAGACUGGUGUUCAUCUGAUGAGGAGAUCUUGCUGCUUGCAUUUAAGGAGUGCCACACAGUUCUGAUGCAGUGCAAUAACCAGCCCUUCCACAAGGAGGCCACAGACUACUAUAUGUGCAAGCACAUCCUCCAUGUCCGUCCAUAUAAAGUCUCACGGGAGCCUGUCAGCAUACAUCUGCCCAUCUCCAGGCUAUUGGCUGGACUGUAUGUACUCCUGUGUGGGACCGGGGCAAUUGAUCACCUGGAUAAUCCUGAAAGCUACGAUUUCACCCAGCUGGCAGAACAUCCUCUGCGCUGCGUGGUGCUGGCGGCACAGGUCUCAGCUGAAAUGUGGCGGAGAAACGGGCUUUCCCUGGUCAGCCAGGUAUACUACUACCAGGAUGUAAAAUGCAGGGAGGAGAUGUACGAUAAGGAUGUUGUCAUGCUUCAGAUAGCUGCUUCCAAAAUGGACCCCAACCACUUCCUCAUGUUGAUCUUGUUGAGAUUUGAGCUCUUUGAAUAUUUUAAUGGAAGUUGUUCAAGCAAAGACCAGGAUGAGUUGACACAAUGGAACCGUUUAACAGAAGAGAUGCUCUACCUGCUGAUCGUCAUUGCUGGUGAGCGCUAUGUCCCUGGGAUCAGUCAGUUGACCAAAGAGGAUGUGACGAUGAGAGAGGUUGUCCACCUGCUGUGCAUUGAACCCAUGGCUCAUAGUACCCUGGUCAAAGCCCUGCCAGAGAAUGAAAGCCAUGAAACAGGCCUGGAGACAGUAAUCACAAAAGUUGCCACUUUCAAAAAACCAGGAGUUUCGGGACAUGGGUUAUACGAAGUGAAAAAAGAACGUCUAAUAGAAUUCAACCCGUUCUUCUACCAUUACUCAAGAUCCCAACAUAGCAAGGCAGAAGAGUCCCAGAAGAAAAGGAGAGCUCAGGAGGGCAAUGAUAAAGCUCUUCGCCCGCCGCUGCCCCCAGCCUUUUGCCCAGCCUUCUCCCAUAUAGUGCGUCUCCUCUGCUGUGACAUAAUCAUCCACAUCCUGAGAAAUGUCCUGCAGAGAGCUGCAGAGGAUCGGCCAACUCACUGGACAGAAGCCAUGAUCCAGAAGGCGCUGCACCUGAUUGGUCAGGCAUUGCUAGAAGAGAAAAUGCAGCUUGAGGAUGUCACUGUGGAGGAAGUGACCUUUGAUUUCAGCCUGAAGGCCCGUUUAAUAGGUGCAGAACAUGGCAAGUCAGUGUUCCUCUUGUUGUCCAAGAUUAAGGCUUUGCCUUCUCUUGAAGCUCAAAAAGACAUGAUUAAGUGGGUUCUACAGAUGUUUGAGGUUGUCAAGUGCCUUAGAGAGAACUCCAGUCCAACAAUGUCCAUGAGCAUGGAAACAGCCAAGCCAGAAGAGAGUGCUCAGGACAAAGAAAAAGCAGAGCGGAAAAGGAAGGCAGAGGCAGCUAAACUCCACCGACAGAAGAUUAUGGCCCAGAUGUCAGCAAUGCAGAAGAACUUUAUUGAGUCAAAUAAGAUGCUUUAUGAUAACAUGCCUGAAAGUGGAACACAGGGAGAAACCGUUGCAUCUACUGAGGACUGUGCCACAGAGCAGAGGGAGCUGUGCAUAGCUGUUGGGCCUCACCGAGGGUCCACUCCAGCUGAGAGGGAAGUACUGACCUGCAUUCUUUGUCAGGAGGAGCAGGAGGUGAUGGCUCAAGCUCAAGCCAUGGUACUGACUGCUUGUGUCCAGAGGUCCACAGUGCUGACACAGUGCAGAGGAAAGAUACCAAGCAGCAGAACAGACGGGCCGGGGACAUCGUAUCCCCUCUUUAUGCCUCCUGAUCUGGCUGUGGGGACCCACACUGGCAGCUGUGGACAUGUCAUGCAUGCCACAUGUUGGCAAAAAUACUUUGAGGCAGUGCAAAGUACAACCAGGAACCGGCUCCAUGCUGAUUUGAUCAUCGAUUUGGAAAAUGGAGAGUACUUGUGUCCCUUGUGCAAGUCUCUGUGCAAUACUGUGGUACCACUGAUCCCAUUAGAACCGCUAACAUUUGACUAUGAAAAUGCAGAGAUAAUUGGCCAGCAUAUGACACUGCCUCGCUGGAUCCAGAUCCUCUCUGCUAGGAUUAAAGGACUCGGGUCAUUCACUCAGGAUAAUGACCACAACUCAGAAGGCAGUAGUAGUAAUAGUAGCACUGGGCUGUGUGGCGAGGGCCAGCCAGACUUUAGAUCCAUUCUCAGCUAUGGAGUACAAGAACUGAGAAAGGUCUCAGACAGCAUUGCAGAGAUGCUAGUUGUGUGCGCCACCACAGUCCACAGGGUUGGACUGAAGACUGCUCCCAAUGAGCUGUGCCCCCAUGUUCCCAUUAUGGCCUGGAACACAUGUGCCUUCACUAUUCAGGCCAUAGAAAACAUAUUGGAGCAAGAGGGCAAGCCACUAUUUGGGUCUUUACAAAACAGACAGCUUGCAGGUUUGAAGGCCAUUGUUCAGUUUUCAGCAGCACAGAGACUUAAGAGCUCUCAGGCAGUCAUCCAGAGGCACUUCACUGAUAUGUUGGGGGCCUUGCUACCAGCCAUGAGCAGGAAGAACACACCUUCUGUUCUUGAGGUGGACUUGUUCCAUCUUCUGGUGAGCAUGGUGUUAUCAGUACCCUCACUGUAUCAGGAGGAGACUGUAGACUUACAGCCAUCUGCUGUCAGCUCUGCAUACAACCACCUGCACAUCUUGCAUCUGGUGACCAUGGCUCAUGUGCUGCAGGUCCUCUUGUCUUCUGCAGAUUUCCCUGCAGCGGGGGAUGGAGGGGAGACGGAGGAGGAGAGAGCAGCAGCAGAGUUGUACUCUGCAGUGUCACAACACACUGGAAGGCUCCUUCCAGAUGUUUCCAGUGGCUCUUUAGUAGAAAGAGUGAAGACAGGAAUUGCACCGUUCUUGCGUUGUGCUGCUCUCUUUUUCAAUUGCCUUACAGGAGUACCCCCUCCAGAGGAGCUCUUUAGUAUUUCUGCUAAUUCUCAAGAACAGAUGGAGGCAUUAUGCAGUUACCUGGCAAUACCCUCCAAUGUGUUCCAGCUUUUCCAGGAGCAUCGAGAAACUGUUAGUCCACUGCUUCAGAGGUGGUGUGAGAACCCAGCUGUAACCAAAGCCCUGAAAGGCAAAAUCCAGACAGUCAGAUACCCACGGAAAAGGAAUCGAUUGAUUUCUCUUCCUGAAGAUUACAGUACACUUCUCAAUCAAGCCAGCCAUUUUCAGUGUCCAAAAUCCACAGAUGAUGACAGGAAGCAUCCGACUCUGUGCCUCUUUUGUGGGGCUAUGUUGUGCUCUCAGAGCUCCUGUUGUCUCAGCCAGCUGGAUGGGGAGGAAGUGGGGGCUUGCACUGCCCACGCUGCAACCUGUGGAGCAGGAGUGGGCAUGUUCCUCAGGAUAAGAGAGUGUGAAAUUGUGCUGAUGGCCAGUAGGACUCGAGGAAGCACGUAUCCAGCUCCUUACUUGGAUGAUUAUGGGGAGACUGAUCCUCAUCUUGCAAGGGGCAAUCCAUUGCACCUUUGCCCGGACCGUUACAGGAAGCUAAACCAGCUGUGGCAGCAGCACUGCAUCCUGGAAGAAAUCGCCCGCAGCCUGGAGGUGGUCAAUGUUAUGUUUGCUUUUGAGUGGCAGAUGUUGUGA